AUGAGCAGUACAAGUGCCCACUACAAAACUCAUUCUGCACCGCACGCUCCUGCAUCAUCUUCGAGAAGCGGUGGUAGUGGUGCUUCAUCCAGCCAUCAUCAUCGGUCUUCUACUAGCGGAUCAUCAUCAUCCCGUUCAAGAUCUCAACACACCAGUAACAAUGGCUCUUCCGUACCUACGUCUUCUUCUCGCUCGGAUGGUAGAGACCGUUCAUCCUCUUCUCGCCAUCAUCAACAAGGACAUGGCAAGGAUAAAAAACGAGCUUCUUCUAGUAGUAGCGGUAGGGAUCAUUCAAAAAGUAAAGGCCAUCAUUCAUCAACCAAUCAACAAGCUAGUGCAUCAUCAAGUGUAUUGAAAGCACCAAUUGUCAAAAUAUCUGAACAUCCUCUCAAAGAAAUGAAAAGUGCAUUCCUUUGUAAUAUGAGAUUUCAAACAGGAUUACCUCAAAUUCAAUUAGAUCCUGUUAUUUUGGAAUAUCCUGUUGAAGAUGAUUUAUCAAAGCUUAUUGAGUACAACACAACAUCUUUGGAAAAGAAUCACAAAUUCGAAUUAUUGACAGAAACCACUAUGGGUGUUAAUAUUAAUUUAAUUAAUCCAUUUGUAUAUAGCAAUACUGCUGGCAGUAACAAACUAGAUCCCGAGGAUGAAGCUUUACUAAAACCUGUUAAAUCCAAAUCUGAAGGUAUUGGAGCUGAAAAGCAAGUAAUUGAAACAGCAAGACCAGCAUGGCUAAAGGCUCCAACUUAUGUGGAUAUGAUCAAUUACAAGAAUGCUGUGAAAGGAUAUGGUGGAAAGGAUGAAUUGAUGCCUACUGAAGAAAAGGCUGUUAAAAUCAAAGGAAGAACUAUUUCUCGAAGAGAAGAAGAAAAACUUAGAUUUGAGAAGGCAAAGCAACUGGAUGAAAAGUUUGCUUCAGGCUCUCUUUACAAAACCUUACCUGGAGGAGGCAAGUCAAAAGCUGUGGCUUGUUUCUCUCUUCUCCCUGACAUGGAUACAAUCAACACAAAUUAUUUAGCAGUUAACUUUGGAAGUGAUAAUCAUUAUUUGCUAGGAAAGAGAGGCCGUAAACACCAAUCCGAGUUAACACCUAAGGAUGCAAGUGAUUCAUUAUUACUAAUCAGACCAACAGAAGAUAUUAUUGAUGCUGAAAAGACAAAUGAUGAUCGAUUUGUAGAUUGUGCACAAUAUUACGUACCAGUGUCUGUCUCUACUCAAGAUGAAGAUUCUGUUCUUGAUCCUACAAAGAAUGUUGGAAAUAUUGUGGAAAUGGUUCGUGAAUACUCAGGUACUAUCUAUGAAAAGAAUGUAUGCAGUGUGAACAUGUCUGCAGAGAAUCAACAAAGAUUCAAAUUAGCCAACCGUCUUCUUGCACGUGACAAAAUGUCUCAAGCUGAAAUUGAGCCAUGUGUUGCCAUGAAAUUUGAUCGAGACAACUCCAAAUGUUUGUAUACCUUCAUCAAGGAAGGAGUGAACUUUAAGGUAGUUGCAAAAAAGAGAAAACGCAGAGUGUUUACCAAAGUUAAAUUGCACGGAAAGGGUAACGAAGAUGAAGAUGUUCCAUUCGAAGACAUGAGUCAUGUCUUGUCACGUGCGGAUGAAUUUGCCAAGGCAUCAACUUCUGGUGGAUUCACUAAGAGCUCAAGAUUGGGUAGUGAAGAUGAAGAAGGUGAUCAAGACAUGGAAGAAGGAGCGACCACUCAACAACCCAACGAUGAAGACUCCGAAGAAGAAGUCACAUUAGGUAUUGAUGAGGAAGCAACAGAUGAACAACAUCAACCUUCAACAAAGAAGAAGAGAAUUGAUGAUGAAGAAGAAGAGGAAGAAGAGGAGAACAAUGAAAAUCUUCCAACCUCUCCAAAUUCCGAAGAGGAAGAGGUCCAUCAAGAAAAAGUUCAGCAAUCCGAAGAGGAGGAAUAA